AUGGAACCCUGGGCUGGUGGUGGCGGCAUUCUGGCACCUGAGUAUGAUGGGGUGACACCCUCUGAAUGGCUGCCGUCUGCUAGAAUUAUGAAGGGGUCCACAGGGGGCAUCAGCAAAGGGGCUUUAGCUAGGAAACUGAAGUCGGACCGUCGAUUAGCGGCAAAGAUAGUGGAACGCUACGGUGGUGAGCAUGCUGGUCAGGUAUCUGAGCAGCAUGCUAACACGCUUGAGUGGGCCAAGAAGGUACUAAGUGAGAGCGAGACCGAUAGGUCACGACUCGAAGCAAAGAGACCUGAACCAGCGGUUAAUCGGCAGAGUUCGCACGAGGGAGAAACCUCCCUCCGCAAAAAACCGCGAACGGGGGCUGCGCCAACCUUCAGCGAACUCGCUAGAGGUGCUGGUGCAAGACUACUUGGUGUGCUCGACCGCAGUAGGAAGGACGGGGCUAUCUCCCAUGAAGAGUGGAAGAGAGUGGCGGCGGCUAUCUCUUCGGUAUUCCUCAAGGUGGUCAAGGAAAAUCCUGGGCCACCCCCAAAAUGUGUUAGUGCCGGCUGGCACCUUGGGCUGCAAAAGCUUACUAGAUGUGCCGAUGAAAGAUCGGAUAUCUUAUACAAGAAGGCGGUUUCUCUGGUAGGGGAGGUUUGGAAGGGAGCCAGACUGGAGGCCGUGGACAAAGAGGAUCUUCCUCUUCGCCCGAGGGCUCGCGUCUGGCUGCCAGCCGAACCAUCCACUGCGAAGGAGAUCGAGGAGUUCCUCAGGUACUGUAACCCCACACUCCCCGCGCAUGACUGGACGGUUAUAGGGCUAGAGGUAACCGAUGAACCAUAUCGGCAGGCGCUGAUUAUGCUUAACGCGGAGUCCAUCGGUCCUCUCAGCAAAACCAAGGGGGCCAUCAGCUUUGGGUUCGAGAUGGUAGUACUGAAGGUACUCCCAACGGAUGCCAGGACUGAUGGAACUCAAUCUGCAGAUGCGGGGGAGAAGGCAGAAGGCGUUAAUGAUGGUCAAAUGACCAUGGAAAACGACCCAAACUCCUCGGACGUGGACGAGAUCUGGAGGUGGUUCGUCGAUCGGCGACUAAGUCUUCAGCCUCGAACAAUUGUUUGA